GGCGCGCGGGGCAUUGUGGGCCGAGGGGCGGGGGUUGGGAAGAUGGCGGCUCCCAGCCUCCUUAACUGGAGGCGGGUUUCCUCCUUCACAGGGCCGGUACCCCGCGCCCGGCACGGACACCGAGCCGUGGCCAUCCGGGAGCUGAUGAUCAUCUUCGGCGGGGGCAACGAAGGCAUCGCGGAUGAGCUGCACGUCUACAACACCGUUACCAAUCAGUGGUUCCUACCAGCUGUUAGAGGAGACAUCCCUCCAGGCUGUGCAGCCCAUGGCUUUGUCUGUGAUGGUUCUAGAAUACUGGUAUUUGGGGGAAUGGUGGAGUAUGGAAGAUACAGCAAUGAGUUGUAUGAGUUGCAAGCAAGUCGUUGGUUAUGGAAAAAAGUGAAGCCCCAACCUCCUCCUUCUGGUUUACCUCCAUGUCCUCGGCUUGGACAUAGCUUCUCUUUAUAUGGCAACAAAUGCUAUUUGUUUGGUGGCCUGGCAAAUGAGAGUGAAGAUUCAAAUAAUAAUGUUCCCAGGUAUUUAAAUGAUUUCUAUGAGUUGGAGCUACAGCAUGGUUCUGGCGUUGUGGGCUGGAGCAUUCCAGCCACCAAAGGCAUUGUACCUUCUCCAAGAGAAUCACACACUGCUAUUAUAUAUUGUAAAAAAGACUCUGGGAGUCCUAAGAUGUAUGUUUUUGGUGGAAUGUGCGGUGCUCGCCUGGAUGACCUAUGGCAGCUUGAUUUAGAAACAAUGUCAUGGUCAAAACCAGAAACUAAAGGGACAGUACCACUUCCACGAAGCCUUCAUACAGCCAGUGUUAUAGGAAACAAGAUGUACGUUUUUGGUGGAUGGGUUCCACACAAGGGUGACAGUACUGAGGAUUCACCUCAGGAUUGUGAAUGGAGAUGUACCAGCUCGUUUUCUUACCUAAAUCUAGACACAGCCGAGUGGACUGCUCUCGUAUCAGAUUCUCAGGAAGAUAAAAAAAAUGCCAGGCCACGACCCAGAGCCGGACACUGUGCGGUUGCGAUUGGCACUAGACUAUAUUUUUGGAGUGGAAGAGAUGGCUACAAAAAAGCACUUAAUAGUCAAGUCUGCUGCAAGGAUCUUUGGUAUCUUGAUACUGAGAAGCCACCAGCACCAUCACAAGUCCAGUUGAUCAAAGCCACUACCAACUCUUUCCAUGUCAAGUGGGAUGAAGUGCCUACAGUGGAGGGCUAUCUUCUGCAGCUGAACACAGACUUGCAGUGCCACGCUGCGUCAUCUGAUUCUUCAGCGGCACCAGAUACGCUAGGAGGCAGGAUGGACCCUCACAGACAAGGCAGUAAUAGCAUCCUUCAUAACAGUGUUAGUGAUACAGUAAACAGUGCAAAAACUGAACACACAGCUGUGAAGGGAACUUCAGUGAAAAACAAGCCAGAUUUCAGAGCAACAGAUUCUAAUGCUGGCUUACACUCACCUUUGGCGCCUAAUGCUUCUAACAACAACAGUUGUAUGACGGAUAUGCUAUGGAAGAAUGAAGUUGAUGAAAUAUGUGCUCUGCCUGCAACUAAGAUCAGCCGUGUAGAGGUGCAUGGUGCAGCAACACCAUUUUCUAAAGAGACACCUUCAAAUCCAGUGGCUGUUUUGAAAACAGAACAACAAUGGUGUGAUGUGGGAAUUUUUAAAAACAAUACAGCUUUGGUGAGCCAGUUUUAUUUGCUACCAAAAGGAAAACAAAAUGUGUCAAAGGUAGGAAAUGCAGAUGUACCUGACUACAGUUUGCUUAAGAAACAGGAUCUUGUUCCAGGAACAGUAUACAAAUUCAGGGUCGCUGCGAUCAAUGGUUGUGGAAUAGGCCCUUUCAGCAAAAUCAGUGAAUUUAAAACAUGUAUCCCUGGUUUUCCUGGAGCUCCUUCUACAGUCCGAAUUUCCAAGAAUGUUGAAGGUAUCCACCUUUCCUGGGAGCCUCCAACCUCACCUUCUGGAAAUAUUCUGGAAUAUUCUGCCUACUUGGCUAUCCGCACAGCACAGGUGCAAGAUAACCCAAGCCAACUUGUGUUCAUGAGGAUCUACUGUGGUCUGAAAACCUCAUGUACAGUGACUGCUGGGCAGCUUGCAAACGCACAUAUUGAUUACACGUCCAGACCCGCCAUUGUAUUCAGAAUAUCUGCAAAGAAUGAGAAAGGCUAUGGACCAGCCACACAGGUUCGAUGGCUUCAAGAAAUAAAAGCACUAGACAGCCAAUUCAGGCUCCUUGCCACCUUAGAGAUGCAGAUAGUCCCGUGACCACUUGGCUACAGGUAACUUCCUUUACAACUGUUGAAAUCUCCUAUUUGGCCUCUUAGUUCAGAAGUGAGCAUGUACAGAGCAGGAACUGCAGAGAAGACCUGGCAGUUUGAGAGCUGCCAUAGCUGCACAAGCACAGGUCCAGCUUCUUACGCCAUAGUCGCAUGCCAGUCAGGGUGACUGGGUAGCUGUGCCCUCCAACUGUGUGUAUGUUAUGCCCAGUGACGGUGGAGCUAAUUGUGAAGAAUGAUAGAGAUGCCAGCUACUAACUUAAAGUGUAUAGAAUAUUUUAAUAUAUAAUUUUUGUAAAGAACUGGGAUUUUUAUACUACAGUAUUUGUAAUGUGUCUCACUAAUUAAAUUUCUCUUGAAGAAAAUAUGCAAACUGUUAAGACACAUGAGUGGUUUCUGAACUCUAAAAAUAAAAUAAAUGCACUACUAUGGUGUUGUUAGAAUACCUUUUGGGGAUACGUGAAUCCUUAAUCAUUAAGUGGGUACUUUCCAAGCAGUGUUUACAAGGAGCACCUCUGGUUGGUUAUUCCAGCAGCUCCCCUGAGGAGAGCUUCACUCUGCCUUCAUUUAAUUUAUGUGCUUUGCUUUUGGCAGCGCUUGCUUUUUGCACUAGUAGACUUUGAACUUACCUCAUUAUUAUGUUUAUAAUCAUUUGUGUAGCUUCCAUGAUGUGUCUGAUAGAAGCUAAAACAUAUCUUAACCAAAGUCACAUGGUAUGCAGAUUUGCACAUAUGAAGUAGUAGGCUUUCUU